CAUGCUAUAUCUUAUAUGACUGUCUUAUGUUUCGAAAUCCAGGCCAAACCAGAUUUAUUGGUUGGGGUGAACUUUAAGGGUGAAGUCGUUGAGGGUCAGGAGGAAGUAGAAGCUUCAGCAUGGACGAUCCAUUUGGGUAUUCAUAAGGCGAGGCCAGACGCUCUUUGUGUUUUUCAUCUUCACCCUCCUUAUGUCACGGCUCUAGGCAUACUGAAGGACUUGCCCUUCGACAUGUACCAUCAAAAUUCUUGUUAUUUCUACAAUGAAUUUGCAUACGACAAAGACUUCAGUGGACUGAGUUUGGACACAGACGAGGGAGAACGCAUCGCAAAGCACAUCGGGAACAAAAGGGUCUUGUUCAUGUGUAAUCAUGGUGUAGCUGUCGUGGGGAAAACUGUGGCAGAAACGUUCAAUGACACUUACUAUAUUGAAAGAGCUUGUAUGUAUCAGACGCUUGCCAUGUCCACAAGCCGAGAACUACAGAGGUUACCUGAACAUGUAAUCAAGAUAACCAAGGACCAGUAUGACUCAGUACGUUCAUACUAUGGCAAAGCCUUCUUUGAAAGCGUUAAGCGUAUCCUCAGCAAAAAAGAAUGAAAAUUAUAAUGACUAGACAGAAAAAAAGCAAUAGAGGCUUUGCACCAUCACAUGAUGCCAGCCAUGACAGGAGGCACAACAACAGAGCAUUUUUCCCCUCGGAAAGUGAAUUCUUUCAGUCUCAUGUAAAUCAGACUAGACCAGAUUCAAUUGUUCCUGCCUCCUGUCAUGGCUGCYAUCACGUGAUGGUGAAAAGCCUCUAUUAUGAUUGAAAUCGUCAUGAAGGUUUGUUUGCUUAUUAAAUGACUCUUGCAUUGCUGCACCUUGCACCUUGCACCUUGCAUGUGGCAUGUUUCAUUUUGCUUACUAAGCUUGAAAUGUAUUAUAUAUUCAUAUGUUGUUAAUGUCGGAUUUCAUGGUCGUACAUUUAACACGGUAGCACAUGUAGUAUGGUAGCGCAGUAGCAAAGUAGCGCUUGUUGCACGGUCGCAACGUCAUCGGAUUAACAACAUGCCACUUUGGAGGUAGUUCAAAAGCUCUCAAAUAAACUGUCUUCUCAAAAGGCUACAGGACUGGACAACAUUUCGUGCAGACUUUUAAAAGGAGCUGCGCCAGUUAUUUCCGCUUCCUUACCAUUAAUUAUAAAUAAAGUUAUUGAUACGGGUCUUUUUCCAUCCCAAUGGAAAAUAGCAAAAGUUAUUCCGUUAUUUAAAUCCAAUGAUAGAUCGGAUUCGCAAAACUAUAGACCAAUCUCUUUCUUACCUGCCAUAUUUAAAAUGGGCGAAAGAGUAGUGUAUGAUCAAUUGUAUACUUAUCUAAAUAGAAAUAAUUUGCUUACUAAAUGCCAA